CGGUUGUGCAAAAUGGUAACCAAGGUGUCUAUAAAAGGGUUUGAAGAGUUCGUAAAGUAUACGGAUAAUAUAGACCCUAAUGGGCCGCCGGUGUACUUUUACUUUGAUUCUAAGCUGCCCGAUGGUACGAGCUGGUGUCCUGAUUGCGUUGUGGCGGAGCCAAUAGUGCGGGCUUUUCUGCGCGAAGUCAAGAAGGACCUGAUCUUCGUGCAUGUAGACUGCGGCGAAAGAGAAUUCUACAGGGACCCUCAGUGCGUGUUCAGGACGGACCCCCGCUCGAAGAUCCGUCGCAUUCCGACGCUGUUGAAAUGGCAGGGAGACAGGCUGGAGGAGACCGAGGUUAAUGACCCCGAGAAUUUACGGAAGUUAUUUCAAGUACUUAUAACUCCUUAAAAAAAAUUAAAUAAAACAAUGCAGCUAAUCCCUUUGA